AUCCCUCCCACUGGGCGGCCGGCUCCAGUUUCAGCAGAGCGAGCGUGAGAACAGGUCCUGCUCCUGCGCCGGCAGCCACAGCCACGGCUCCGACCGACCCGCCUCCGCUCCUGGGCCCCACAUGAGCACGGCGGCCUCGCCACCCGCAGCCCGUGGAGCCGGCGUCCAGUCAGAGCGCUGGGAGAGCAGAGCACAGCAAAGGAGCAGCCGCGCCGCGUCUCCCGCGCUUCCCUAAAACCACACCCGGUGGCAGGAGCAGGCAGGCGGGAGGCCGGAGCAGAGGGAACAUGAGCCUCGUCAAAGAGCGGAAGCCCAAGAAGCCGCACUACAUCCCCAGGCCCCCGGGAAAGCCCUUCAAGUACAAGUGCUUCCAGUGCCCCUUUACCUGCAACGAAAAGUCACACCUCUUCAACCACAUGAAGUACGGUCUCUGCAAGAACUCCAUCACGCUAGUGUCUGAGCAAGACCGCGUCCCCAAGUGCCCCAAGCCGAGCCCCUCAGACCCCAGGCCGAGCCAUCCGCCCGAGCCCACGGGGAAGCCCACCGCCUCCAAGCCCGCCCCGAGUGGGCUCGCACACCUGGAGGCCAAGCUCCAGCACGGCCUCGCCAAGGACGACGUCAAGGAGAACCUGGACCUGCACGCGCGGGGACCGCACAGGUCCGGACAGAAGCCCGCCCUCCACAAGGAGGCGGCGGCUCGCAGCCCAGCUCCCGAGAGCGCGCCGGGCGCCCAGCCCGUCCUGGAAGGCGCGGCCCGGCCUUCAGCCUUCGUCCCCGUCGGGGAGCACAGGCUCAAAGGGCAGGAGCUCGCCGAGGCGCCCGCCGUGCCGGCCCCGCCGCCGCCCCCCGCCACCAAAGCCGCCUCCUUCCACACCAAGUCGGCCUUCCACGCCCCCGGCUACCCGUGGAAAGCCGGUGGGCCGCUCCUGCCGGCGGAGUUCCCCCAUAAGCUCCCGCCCGCAAAGGGCUUCGGUGCCACUGCCCCGUAUGCGCAUCCCGCCAUCCCGGAGUACCCGCCCCACUUCUACACAGAGCACGGACUGGCCACCAUCUACUCGCCCUACCUGCUCGCCGGGCACGCGGCUGAGUGCGACGGCCCGCUGCUGCCCGUCUACGGGGCCCAGGACCAGAGACACUUCCUGCCCCACCCGGGGCCAAUCCCCAAGCACCUGAGCCCGGCGCCGCCCACCUACGACCACUACAGGUUCCUGCAGCAGUACCACACCGGCCUGCCCCUGCCCUACGGGUUCUACCGACCUGAGUCUGCCUUCUCCUCCUACGGCCUCAGACUCCCCCCGGUCGCCGGUAUUUCGAGAGACCAGAGCGCGCACCUCCUGGAAGAAGCCGCCCUGGGCUACCCGGCCUUGAGUCCAUCCAAGUCCCACAAAGAACCCACAGAGCUGGAGAGAGGGAGGCCGACGCCCCAGGCGAGGGAUCCUUCCAAGGAUGAGCAGAGGGACACAGAAGGGACCAAGAUGAGUCCGCGAGCGGGCAGCGCGGCCACCGGCUCCCCGGGAAGGCCCAGCCCCACCAACUUCACGCAGACAAGCCAGCCCUGCCCCGCUGGAGGGCUCCACCCGCCGGAGCAAAGCCUCACGGGCUUCAAGCCCAUCCAGAAAAGCCUGGAGGGCCCACAUCCCCAGGAGCCAGAAACCAGAGACGCAUCCCCACAAAGCCUCGAGGCCAUGAAUACGGCCACCCCGGCGCCUGCGCCCCCCAGCCCGGAGGACGGCCCCCGCACGGCCCCGCUGAACCUCUCGAAGAAACAAGAAGCCGAACCUGCAGCCGAGCACGCCGCCGCGUACGGAGGCUUCGCGGAGCCGCAGGAGGUGCCCCUCAACCUCUCGGUGAAGGACCCCUGCAACGCCCGGCCCUCUGUCCACAGCCCCCGAGACGGGCCGAGGCCGCCACCCCCGCCCCCGCCCGCGGCAGCCCGACCCAGCGGCUCCACCGAGGCCGGGGAUGCGCGCACAACUGACAGCGACGAGCAGAAGCAGACGGCGGCCGUGGCCCUCUGCCAGCUGGCGGCCUACAGCCCAGGGAAGGUCUGCAGGGGCGAGGGCGAGCCUGAGGCCCGGGAGCCCGCGGCCCGGGAGCCGGCCCCCCACAGCCUCGAGAGCCGGGAGGCUCCAUGCGACCUCAGACCCAAAGCCAAGAGGACGAGCCCCAGGGAUGCGGGCAAGUCCCAGCAGGGAACCAAGAAGGCGAAGCCCGGCGACACGGCCAGGGUGUUCUCGCUCCGGAGAAGAACAAGGGUGUCCUAGAGCCGCCAGCAGGCCCUGUGGAGGGCGCCGCGGCCGCGGCCGCAGACCCCCGCCUGCCCCCCGUCUCGCCUGGUCGAGUUUCACAACAGUUCUCUCCUCCAAAAGAGAAAAAUUUUAAAUACAGCUGCACCUCUAUUCAGCUGUGUAAAUACUAAGCAUGAACAUUAAAACUGAUGCUUCUACUCCCCGUUCUAGCCCGGAACCAGGACCUGAGGAGUUAAUCGUAUCAGAAACCGCCCUGUAAGCUGUCAGAGGAGCAGAAGGACCAAAAGGGAACUUUCAGGUGAGCGACGCACGAGGACAGCACUUGGCUUAUAAACACCUCAGCACUGGAGGAAACGCUUUCAACUGGUCUAGUAAAUCUGCUGCGUUUUGAUUUACUGGGGAAGUGCCAGGAAAAGACAUUUCCAGAACUGGCACUGAGGUGCUGUGUGUAAAAACGCUGUGAUUUCUUAGGACUGAAUAAGACACCGACAACAAGAGGCUAUUUAUACAAGUAAUUUAUUUCCAGUGGGCAGAAAGCAAUGCCAGUGAAACGACUCUCACUCUGCUCCAUCGCUUCACCGCGUUUCAGGGCGUUUUCUGACCCAUUCAGCCUCAUUUUCCAUUCCCUAAAAUGAUGCACGUGUUGCUAAUUUUCCAAUAAACUCACAUGUAAACUUUAAAGACACAUUAAAAGAAGACAAACAGGAACUGCGUCAUAGAAUGUUUUGCCACAAUAAAUAAACCCAAUGAAAAAGAGAAAAAAGCUGAAGCAGCAGUUAAAACUGAGACCAAGGAGUUCUCUGGUGCUGUGGUGGGCUAAGGAUCCAGCAUUGUCACUGCAGCGGCUCAGGUCGCUGCCAUGGCUCGGGUUCGACCCCUGGCCCAGGAACCUCCACAUGCCACAGGCGUGGUCAAUAAAGAAAGAAAGGAGGCAGGCUGAGGACGAGAGUAGGUCUGCGCGUGUGCACGCACGCGUGCCAGCACCCAGCACCCUGGGAGAAGGUGCGGCCAGGGCCUCAGCUCCCUGAGCUGCUGCUGAGAACAGCCGUCCGGCCCCCUUGCCCCUCACAGGAGCCCCUCCCCACAGUUCAGCCACCUGCCACCUGGGGGUCAAGAAAGGGCCCGGCUGGAGUUCCCGUCAUGGUGCAGUGGUUAACAAAUCUGACUAGGAACCAUGAGGCUGAGGGUUCGAUCCUUGGCCUUGCCCAGUGGGUUAAGGAUCUGGCAUUGCCGUGAGCUGUGGUGUGAGUGGCAGACGCAGCUCAGAUCCCGCGUUGCUGUGGCUCUGGCGUAGGCCGGUGGCUACGGCUCCGAUUCGACCCCUAGCCUGAGAACCUCCAUAUGCUGUGGGAGCAGCCGUAGAAAGGGGAAAAAGACCAAAAAAAAAAGAAAAGAAAAGAAAAGAAAAAGAAAAAGAAAGGGCCGGGAGCCAGCAAGGAGCUGAGCUGUCUGGGUGAGGAAGCCCUUGCUCCAGCCCCCCAAGGUGGGUGGUUUCAACUCACACUGACCAAAACAGGUGGUCCAGAAGGAGCAGUCCAGGGGAGCUCAAAGCACUGCUAAAGCCAACGUCUUAUGUGUCUAACAAGGCUUUACAGCGCUUAGAGCUAAAAACUGAAAACGUUUAAAGAAAAAAUUGACACGGAACCUCGCCUGGUUCCAGGAAUGAGCAUUGCUCACUGAUAAGACAGCCCGAGCUAAAAGCCCUCUUGUUAAGAGCUGCACUCUGAUAAAAUGGUAUCGUGGCAUCGUCAGCUGUUUGGAUCAAGUUUGCACUGACAACAAAGUCUGUAAAAACUCCAUCCAGAAAAGUGCUUAAGCGCUCAGUGUCUUUCAGCAGAGCAAAUGCAACCCUCCACCCUCAGGCAUCUUCCUUCUCCAGAUGCUUGUGGGAAGAUCCGUAAGAGGUUCUUAAGCAAAGAAACGUGUUACUCUAGGGAAACCUGGAGAAGUCGACGGAACCGGCUCAAGGAGAGCAAGGAUAGACUCUCGGCAUUUUAGACGGAGGGUGGUGGAUUUCAAGGUCCCCCACCGUGCUGGUGUCCACUGGACAAAUUUAAAACAGCGAUGCACGUUACCUUGCGGCGCAGUGAGUUAAGGAUCCAGCACUGCCACUGCAACAGCUUGGGCUGCUGCUGUGCUGCGGGUUCGAUCCCUGGUCCAGGAACUUCCAUGGGCGCAACCCCCGACCCCUCCCA